GGGACCCUACUUCCCACCCCGGCCGCCGCAACCUCUUCCUCGCCCUCCUCGUCGUCCGCUGCCUCGUCCUCAUCGCCCAGCUCCCGGAAGAUGGUGGUGUCAGCGGAGAUGUGCUGCUUUUGCUUCGAUGUGCUCUACUGUCACCUGUACGGAUACCAGCAGCCCCGGACCCCCCGGUUCACCAACGAGCCCUACCCACUGUUUGUAACAUGGAAGAUUGGUCGAGACAAAAGAUUACGUGGAUGCAUAGGUACUUUUUCUGCCAUGAAUUUGCAUUCAGGACUCAGGGAGUACACACUUACCAGUGCCCUUAAAGAUAGCCGUUUCCCCCCAAUGACAAGGGAUGAGCUGCCACGGCUUUUCUGCUCAGUGUCUCUGCUCACUAACUUUGAAGAUGUCUGUGAUUAUUUGGACUGGGAGGUGGGUGUACAUGGCAUUAGAAUAGAAUUCAUCAAUGAAAAAGGAUCAAAACGCACCGCCACCUACCUACCGGAGGUUGCAAAGGAGCAAGGAUGGGACCAUAUUCAGACCAUAGACUCCUUAUUGAGGAAAGGAGGAUACAAAGCUCCGAUUACUAAUGAAUUCAGGAAAACCAUAAAACUGACCAGGUACCGUAGUGAAAAGAUGACCCUGAGCUAUGCUGAAUACCUUGCUCAUCGCCAGCAUCAUCAUUUCCAAAAUGGCAUUGGGCAUCCCCUUCCACCAUACAACCAUUAUUCCUGACACUGAGCCGCACAACCAGUCACUGGGCCUCUCUGCAGACCUCUUCCCAGGAGACCCUACACCUUCUUGGUCUAGCUAUCUCUUUUAUUGUACCAUUUUAUGAUGAUAGUUUCCGUUGCCAUGGUGAAGCUUCGACAUCGUCAAUUAAAAUCAUCAUGGUAACGGGUAGGAAAAUGGCAUUUGCUAAGAAGAUCCUGUUUUAUUAUUUUAGAUCAUUGAUUUUUUUUGCAGCAUAUAUAAUUUUGGGCUUUUUCUUUCCUUAUAAUGUUAUGUAGAGUUUUGCUUUGCUAUUUCAAUCAGGUUUUUGUCUUUCUGUCCUUCUUGCCUUCCUUCCUGCUUUCCUUCCUUCUUUUUUCCUUCCUUCGACUGUGGAUGGAAGAAAGUGUGCAGUUUUUAGGGAUUUUAUUUAGGUUUGUCUUUAAUUUUCCUCAACAAGAUAAUUAUUUUUUGAUAGCUGAGUUUGGGAGUAAUUCAUAUCAAAUUUUCAGGUAUUUGUAUAUUACUCUUGAGUUUGUCUGAAAUUCACUUUGCUAUGAGAGCUUAGUAUUUGGGUCUUCACUCCUUAAGCAUAUGUUUUUUUCCAUGGUUAAAAUAUAUGAACUUUAAUUCUAGUAGCAAAUAUUCAAAGGUCCAUGACAGGGCUUGUCACAGAGAGUGAGAAAUCAUUUAUGCCUACUGUGCCGGUUACCAUAGACAGGAGUUACUGUCUCAUCACUUUAUAGAACCAGCUUAUAGCCUAAAACACUGUUUUAAGAAAGUACCAACUACCUUUCAGAUAGUCUGCAGGAAUCAUUUUGAAGAGCAGCAAAUACUAGAAGAGAGCAGAGACAGAACUUAGUGCCUUUGAGAAGAAUAUAAUUAAGUGGAAUUAAAAGGGGUUAGAAAAAAGGCAAUUUAGAGAAAUAUUCUUGUACAAUUUUAUUGUUUCUAUAUGUGAAACAACAGAUUAGACAAAUUCCUUACUCUUAAAUAUUUUUUUAAGCUGAAAAAAUUUAUUUUGAGCAAAUAACCAAAAAAGAGACAUUUGUCUAUUUUAUAUUAAUUUAAAUUUAUUAGCUUUAGAUUUCAAUAAGUCAUGAUUGGCCAGAGACAAUUUUAACUACCAUCUAAAGAUAUGGUAAAGAUAAUCUAGUGAAACAAAAGUUCAUAUAUGCCAUGAUUUCAGAUAUGUUUGUCGUUGGGACAAUAUUAGAGUUUUAGAGAUAAAAUAGCUUGAAUCUUUCUGCACUACAUACUUUUGAUAGAAACACACUUAAUAUCUUGCUAAGAUGUAAUGUUACACCUGUAAAAAUGGAGUUGGCACUCAGAUAUGCUAUAGUUAGGGUCCAGAUCAUCUGCAGGGUUAGUCUUUUCAUGAUGCGUACAAAGAGAACUUACUAAUGUCAAUAGGAGGUCCAUACAUAUAUCCCCAGAAAAAUGACAGAUGAUUCUGGAGAAAGAUGGCCUUCAUUUUAUGGUAGUAAAUAUAAAUAUAUAUACAUAUAUAUAUAUUUGAGAAAAUAUAUAUAUUUUUCAGAUAGGAAGUCAGAAUAUCAAGUGAGGAAUAAAAGUAUGCUGCAGAAUAUAUAUUCUAAAACUAUAAGAAAUGUCACUGAAUAUCGAAAUGAUAUAGCUUAUACAUAUAGUUGUUGUGACAAGUGACAGACUGCUAGUUCAGAAUUCAAAAAUCCUUUUCUAGUUUGUGAGAUAAUUGGCUGGAUUCCUUCUGUUUGCCACUGGGGCAAAACAAACUGCUUUAGUUUUUUAUGAGAGUUCUUAGAAGUUGGUGUUCCUUCAUCCACAGCAUCCAUUGUUGAAAUAACCAUUUUCAGUUGUGAUGCCUUAACUGAGAAGCCAAUUGUUAGCCUGAGAUGCAAUCUCGGUAGCCAGUUCCAUUGAACACAGAGAUUCGCCAGAAAAAAAGUUAGCCGUUGGGCUUUAGAAAGGGAUUUUUAGUCCUGUCGUUCCUACUUGGGAGCAUUUGGAGCAGAUUAGUCUUUCAGCAUAAAAACAAGUGGCUACCUUAUGGAAACUCUUUCUUGCCCUUAUAGGGAAACUGAGCACAAGCUGAAUGAUAUUGUCUGCUGCAAAAAAAAAAAAAAAAAAAAAAAAGAAAAAAAGAAAAAAAAAAAAAGAAAACAAGCAAACUGAAGAGAGACAAAAUAGACCAAUAUUAUUGUGAAAUCCAUCGUAUCCAUCAUCUCAUCAGUUCAACAGGCUCCUCGUCCUGGAUGAGCUUAUGGUUAGAAGUUUUUUUAAAGCAAAGCUCUAUUACAUAUAUAUGUGUGUGUGUAUACAUAUGCUUACACAUACAUGCAUACAUAUGUGUGUGUUUAUGUAUUUAACGGUGCUAAUCAAUCUUGAGCAGGUCACGUGACUGGUCAUGCAGACUCUAAAAUCAUAUCAGAUUUUUUAAAAUCCUUGAUAUAUGCAGAUGUUAUACAGAUUUUCUUACCAGUGUAAUAAUGUUAUACUGAAGAAAUAACCAUCCUGCAGGCUUCAAAGGACGAGGUCAGCAAUAUUUCCCACCAUGGCUUGGGGGAAAAGGAUAGUUUUGUCUCCUUUUGUAUUCAAGUUAAUGCACAGUGCAUUUUUGUCUCUAAGUAGCUGUUGACUAAAAGACUUUGUAGUGUGAAGGGUGUUAUACAAACUGUAAUGGUGUGCUUUAAACAACAAAUGCUAGACCCUUUCACCUUUGUCAUAUGUUACAAAGCUGUUAAAUAUGUGGUAUGAAUUAACUUUAAACAUGUUGAAAUAUGUAGCAUGUGUCUUUAACUCAGACGAAGAUUCUAAUUGCACAGGUUGUGUUCUAGCCAGUUGUGGUUUAUUUGUUCAGAAACACAAAUGUGAAUUGCACUCUUAUCACCAGAAUAUUGUAUGAGUUCAGUGAUCUUUAAACAGCUCAGAAGUAAUACUUGAACUUCAGUUGAGUAGCACAAAGUUUACAUAGCCCCUUUUAAAUGUUAAUUAGUUCCAUUUAAGUUUUCCGUUUUCAAAUGCAACUGGGUAUUUUUCCUCUUGGAAAAUAGUACGUAUUUUGCUUUGGUAUGUAGCAAAGGCUCCCAUUUCUGGAAGGGUUUUCUUGUUCUUAAACAAGGUCAGCCAGGUACCAGAUUCUAAAAGAACAAGUGUCCCCUCACCCCUCAAGUGGCCUUUUGACUGCACAAGAAUGUGCUACUACCCUCUGUAGUCCCCCCUGCCUUGAGAGGUCUGUACCAUUAAUGGAGGAAGUGCAAGGUUCUUGCUCAUUUCCCCCACUCCACUUAAUGCAGUUUUAAGUUUUCAAUCCAGCGCAUACAGUCCCCAAUGCCCAGCACACCGGAAGUUUGUAUACUGGCCUCUUUCCGUGUCUUCAAAUGUGCAGGAAAUCUGAAACUGUCAUCUGGAAUAGGUUCCAUCUCUUAUGUGUGUUAGAUCAAACCAAAGAAGCCCCCAGCCAUGCCCAAAUGCUGCUCCAAAAGCCUGCCUUCCAGUCCUUACAAAAACCUUGCAGGAUUAAAUGUGUUAACUUUUUUAUUUUUGUACAGUUUCUAAGUGAUUUUUGCUAGUGAUGUUAAAUUGAAUUAAGUUUAUUUGAGGGGUGUGAGCACUUCCUCCAUUUAAAUAAACUGGUGACUUUCCUUUUAUUUUUUAAAAGCAGAAGCCUGUGUGUGCCUCUCGAUUUAAGGGUUUCUGAUUACAUUAUUCUUAAGACCAGCAUUGAUCCUUUAUAUACAAAGAUACAUUUUCCUUGUUUUUUAUUACUGUUUCAGAAGAAAAUGAAACUUUUAUUUUGCUCUGGGCCCAGUAACUGCGCUGGUACAUAGACGCACUGAGAAAACAAACUUUUGUAACCACCUCUGACUGCUUUUGUAUAUCAAAGUUGAUUACUUUUGAAAUAUUUGGAUCUAGUUUCUAAGUUAUUUUAGUGUUUUAUAUGUUCCCUGAAAUUACUUUGAAUCGGUCACCAGCAUAAUGAGUUCUUGGUGAUACAAUGGUGAGACUUGUAAUGAGCAAAAAAGCUACCUGGAGUAGCUCUUCUUUUCCUUCUUACUUAGUAACCUGUUUUUUGAUUACAGUAAGACAUCACAGAUUACCUGAAACCCCUUCCAGUACAACUAGGCCCUCCUUCCUUCGACAUUUAAUUGCUUCAUAGUUUGAAGAAACUAUUGAAAAAUGGGCAUUUUAUAUGAAAUGUAUGGCUUUAAAAUAUUAAAAUAAGCAAAAAGAAAAAAAUAUGAGAAGGUUUAUGUGGGUCUGUAAGGUAUGGCUGUGGAAAGAUAUUGUAGUAUUGACACUAUUGUUAUUACCUUUAAAAUCAUUUACCCAAUAAAAUGUUAAAACC